AUGCCGCUCAACGUCAAACCAAUCCUCAUCUCUGGAGGCGGGCUCGCGUCCCUGCUCCUCGCCCAGUCCUUACUGCUCUCGAAGAUCCCUUUCGUGAUUUUCGAGCGCGAUGCCUCUCUCACAUUUCGCGGCCAAGGCUACCGCCUGCGCCUCUCCUCCGAAGGUCUCGACGCCAUCGAAUCCGUGCUCGACGAAGCCUCAUUCCAGAAAUUCUACGACACAUGCGGCAAGACCGCCGGCAGCGGCUUCGCCGCCCUGAACGCCAACACAGGCGAAGUAAUAGGUCAAAACCCGGGUGGCGAAAGCUUGGGAUCGCGCGAGGGCAAGAUCGUGGGCAUUGCACGAGGGGAUAUGCGCCGCUUGUUCCUCGAGGGCUGUGAGCAGUACAUCCAAUUUGAUAAACAUGUCAAGGGAUACGAGAAGACAUCUGACGGCGUGCUCGCUAUAUUUGCGGAUGGCUCCAAGUCGGUAGAAGGCUCGAUGUUGAUCGGCGGAGAGGGCAUCAGGUCGCAGGUUGCAAAGCAGUUGUCCGGAGGAAAGUUGAAGGUGUUUGAUACGGGUGCGAGAGGCAUCCACGGACAAGCGCCGACGACCGCAUUCAAAGGUCUGGGUGAGGGCGUGUUUCGGCUUGUCGACAAUACCCAACCACAUGGACAGAUCUCAAUUAUGACGAACGUGCGGGCAGGCGAUAUGAAUGACCCCGAUGUACAGUUCGGAUGGACCAUGGUUGGACAGCCCGGCGUUAUCAAGGCACCGAAUGACGACUACACAAUAGUGGGCAGAAAGGCCGCUGAUAUCGCUAAGGGCCUGACGGCACACUGGCAUCCUCGAUUCAAGCCUCUGUUCGAGGACAUGGUUGAGAACGAGGCGGCGUUCUGGAAGAUCACGUGUUCGACACCCAGUGGUGUGCCGGACUGGGAUAAUGACAAAAGAGUCACAGUCAUUGGCGACGCGGCACACUCGAUGACUCCAGCAGGAGGUAUUGGAGCCAACACCGCCGUUCAAGACUCGGCGUUGUUGGGAAGGUUGUUGCGUGAAGCUGGUGGGUAUAAGGACGGUGUCACAGCUGAAUAUGAGAAGGGCAUGAGGGUCUACGGGAGUGAGGCGGUCAAAAAGAGUUAUGGGCUGGCCUCGGGUCAGAUGAAAGUCAAGAUCGAUGAGGCGACGACUCCGACGGUCUAA